AUGACCCAGAAAAUCGCGGAUAUUGAAUAUGUUCUCUUUGAUAUGGACGGUUUGAUGAUCGAUUCUGAAUCGAUGUAUACCUACGUGACCACAACAGACAGGAUUCUGGGACGUUAUGGAAAGGAAAUGACCUGGGAUAUCAAGGCAGGCUGCAUGGGCAAACCGGAACGCGUCGCAGCAGCCUACCUUCUAUCCCACUUUCCAGACAUAGACCUGGACAUAGAAACCUACCUCGAGGAACGAAACCGCCUCCAAGAUGAAAUGUGGCCAACCGUAAAGCUCCUUCCUGGAGUCAAGAAACUGGUCCAGCAUCUCAAGAAACACAAUAUACCCAUCGCAAUCGCUACUGGGUCCCGGAGGUCUAAAUACAUUCUCAAGACCUCACACCACCCAGAUGUUUUCGACUGCUUUGAAGGGAAAGUUGUCUGCUCCGACGACAAGGAAUAUGUUUCGAGAGGGAAGCCCCACCCGGAUAUCUUCCUCGCGGCUGCUAGGGAGCUAUUGAAGAGGGAUGUAGGUGUUCCCGAUGCAGAGCCCACGGAAGCCCAUGCACUCGAAAGAUCAAGGGGCCUUGUCAUUGAGGAUGCUUUGACUGGUAUGCAGGCAGGCAAGCGGGCGGGGAUGAAAGUCCUCUGGGUUCCGGAUGCCAAUCUCCUCAACGUUGCGUACGAAGGAGCUGAGGUUGCCGACAAGACGAUAAAAACUCUAGACGAAUUCGUGCCCGAAGAAUGGGGUCUACCGCCUUACGACCUCGAGGCGUAA